AUGAAUGCACAACGGCAGCUACAAGCCGACCUGGCCAUCACUCCCAAAACAGCCAGCCUCUUGAUCCGUCUCGGCUACGCGUCCUACCGCGACCUUCGAAGUGUCUCACCCAAUCAUGUGGUUGCGCAACUCAAGGCAUUCCCAGACAUGACUUACUCGCAGGCAGAACAAUACCGACGGGGUUUGAGAAGAAUGGUUUGGCUUGCGACUCAGGAUAACCCUCGGGAGCAAGCUAAGUUAUAUCCGAAUUGGACUCAGAGCGCUCUCAAAAAGCGUGGUAUGUGGAGGGACGACAUCGAUUUCGACGGGCUUAGCGGAGAUGAAGUCAACCAACUCCAUCGUGACGCGAAUGGCUAA